UAUGUAAUCCUACAACGUGUCAUCGCGACAUGAAAUCCGUGUUGUGUCGAUCGUUAUUCAAAUAAUAUUGCUAAAUAAUUAUUUUAUUGUAGUAUUUUAAAACAAGAAUCUCUAUAAUACAUUAUAUCAAUUUCUCAAAUAUGUUGGUAAAAAAACUAGGAAGAAGAUUUUUUUUCGUAAAAAAUUGGGAAUCGAUGAGAUGGAAUGAGAAAUGUGCACGCGACUAUCUAUAGCUUACACAGAUACACGCAUACAUCUAUACAAAGGUGUAUGUCAAGAAAUAAAGCGUCAUUCGCAUUUAAGGAUAUCUCCUCGAGAAGUUAUUCUACAUGGAAAGAAGACUACAUGGGACGACGACAUAUCGAGCAAUCGUUGUGUCGAUUAUUAUUUGACAUCGUUACAUGUUGCAAUUAAAUCAAGCUAAUAACAAGUGAGAGAGAAAGAGAAAACGCUAAGGGGAAUAAAAGGCAAUGUACAAUGUGGAUUUGUCAAUCUUGUUUUGUUAUGAUUUCGCUUGGAAAUCUGAAACAGUUAACGGCGGGAUAGAUGUAGUCAAAUCGAAUUUCUACGGCGUGUUGGAAAAAAACAAACAUCAAGACGACGAAAUGUCAAUGUUAUAAGAGUAUUCAAAGAAUAUCAUUAAUCUUACGUGUUAUUUAUCGUCAAUCUAACCUAACUUGAAGGGAAACGCAACGCAACGCAACGCAACGCACGCAACGCAACGCAACGCAACGCAAAAGGGGCGAGCAUUGCUCAGAGGGCCUUGUGCAGUAUGCUCUGGGUUUAUAAUAGAAAGGUAUUAUGGCUACAGGUGAGGCCAGCACGGCUAAGCCUCGUCAAGAAAAGCAAUACGAUUACUUGUUAAAAUUCUUGUUGGUCGGUGACAGCGAUGUUGGGAAACAAGAAAUACUAAGUGGUCUUGAAGACGGUGCCGCCGAAUCACCCUUUUGCAGUGGCAGUGCAUACAAAACUACGACUAUCCUGCUGGAUGGGAAAAGAGUUAAAUUACAAUUAUGGGAUACAUCUGGACAAGGUAGAUUUUGUACUAUUAUCAGGUCUUAUUCACGUGGAGCACAAGGCAUACUUUUGGUUUAUGAUAUUACCAAUAGAUGGUCCUUUGAUGGUAUCGAUAGGUGGUUAAAAGAAGUCGAAGAGCAUGCACCUGGUAUACCAAAAAUAUUAGUUGGCAAUCGGCUUCAUUUGGCAUUUAAAAGAAAAGUUGGAGAACGUGAUGCGGAAGCAUAUGCAGCUAAAAAUCGAAUGGCAUUUUUUGAAGUCUCACCUCUGUGCGAUUUUAAUGUAAGAGAAAGUUUCUCCGAGCUGUCACGCAUGGCUUUGCAUCGUAACGGUAUGGAGAGGCUGUGGAGAUCGAACAAAGUACCCACUCUUCAAGAACUCGCAUGCCGUGCGAUAGUUGCUAGAACAACGGUAUAUGGAAUAGAUCAACUUCCAUUACCUAAAUCUAUUAUAUCGCAUUUGAAAUCAUAUGCAAUGACUACAACCUCGCGACAUCGGUAUAAUGGCACUCGUACCCGUAGCACCAGUAAAAGCUUAAGUUCUCAUCAAAGAAAAUUACGUUUUGUUGGGGUUGGCCAUAAUGGAAUAUCCACGCCAGGUAACUCCCCUGGCAGUAUGACAGACUCUCGGACAAGCUGUGUAGGUCGCAAUUCUUGCACAAUAUCUUGAGAUUAAAGCUCGGGUUGCAGUUAUGUUGAAACAUGCAACGUGAUAUCAAAGUUCUUCCAUUCCUGUUACAUUACAACUUAUCCUGUUCCGAUUAAGAAUAUGGCAAUGUAACGUUGUGCAGAAUGAGAUAUAAAUACAUCAUUGAUGGGAUAUCUCUUAGAUGAAAACAAUGAGAAGAGAUGAAAAACCUCAUUUUAAUGUUAUUAUUAACUAUUGUUGUUAUUCGUACAAACAAAGGUUUUGGUGUCCUAUACACCAUGUCAAAUUUGCACUUUACCAAAAUAUCUCUAAUGGUAACAUCGAGCUUAAAUGACGAUGACGACGACGACGACGACGGUGUAAUACGAAUAAUUACUAUAUAUCAGGGUGCCAUUUGUUAAAUGAACCUGACAAAAUUCCAAGAGAAUUUGAUGACAUUUUUAAAUGAGGAGCGAGCGAGCGAGCGAGCGAGCGAGCGAGACAGACUAAACACCAUAUAUAUAUAUAUAUGUUGACGAACACGCUCUUUGAGUAUAUCUUCUUAUAUAUAUUUUUAUUAAUAAGUCAAUUUUAUUGUAUUUUUGGCUGUUGAUAUGAAAUUUACUUUUUCAGAAAGACAUCUAUGCAUAAAACUUUUGUUAAGAUAAAAUAGCGUCAUUAUAAAGGAUACCUAAUAUAUAGAAAUAUAUUGUUAAAAAGAACAUUUUUUAAAUAAUAAUUUUAAAUAUAUUCUCUCUAACUACACAACAACAUACUUUUGAUAAAUAAUAUUGAUGUAAACUAUACGUAUUUUUUAACAAAUUGUAAUAUUCGUGCAUGAUUAUAUUCAUAAUCUAAGAUGAUAUUGAUAAAAUCAAUAAUGUAAUUGUUUUUGGGAUGAAAUGAUUGGAGAAAGAUCGAUAAAAAAUGAAAAUCUUACGUCUUAUGAUUAGCAGCUGCAAUGUGUACAUUGUAUUUUUUUCUUACUAAUUUCUUUAUUCUAGGAUACAGUGUGAAAUAUAUUUAUAUUAUAUAUAGGAU